CCUGUACUAAGCGCAUGCGCAGGAGCAGGAAACCGCAUGGAGUGGUGAACCUGCUGCUUUGUUGUUCACUGCUUGAGGUUUUUUGGCGCAGGAAGACUAAAAACACCCUGUAUUUGGACACAUUUUUAGCUCAGAUGAAAUCUGAAGCUACGUCGUAGCCUCUACAGUGUGACGAUGCAAACGUGGUGAAAAUGGCAAAUGUGGUUCGUGCCGCAGCCUCGCUUUUGACGAUAUGGAGUGUUGUCAUGCACUUCACUGUGCUGACAGGUCUUGGGAUUCAUGAGCUGCUUUAUUUUCGGGUCAUCAGUCCAGAUGACAUCAGUUACAUAUUCAGUGCAGCGCCAGCUAAAGAUUUUGGAGGGUGUUUUACUUCAUUCUAUGAUGAAAUUUUCCUGGUGCCGGCAGAACCAGCGGACGCCUGUUCAGACCUGAAAGACACAGAAAUCCUUCAGGGUCAAGUCGUCCUGGUGGAAAGAGGAGGAUGCUCCUUUGUAGAAAAAGCCCAUUAUGUGGAAGAGGCAGGAGGUAAAGCUGUUCUGAUUGCUGAUAAUGCUGUGGACAAUGACAAUCAAUACCUUGAUAUGAUCACUGAUGGAUCCACAACCAAACCUAACAUACCUGCACUGUUUCUGCUGGGACGUGACGGGAUGAUGAUCAGGAGGUCUCUUCAAAGACAAUCCCUGCCUUGGGCGGUCAUUUCUAUUCCUGUGAAUGUUUCCUUCCUUGCGUCCUUCCCUUUGAGGCAGCCACCUUGGACACUGUGGUAGAUUGUAAAUUGAGCCAACAACAUGGUCACAUGAUUUAAUUGAACUGAUAUGUACUAUGAGAGACUAUUAGAUUGGACUUGAAUUUGUUAGUUUAGUAGGUGUAGAUAGAGAAAGAGACAAAAACUCAAGCAGUUGUUGUCAUGUAUCUUGUGGAGGAUGUUUUUUCAAGUCAGUCUCUUAGCUGUGACAACACUAUCAGAGGUGAUUGGGGACAACAUUGUAAGAAAAGAAAAAAAAAGGAUAGGCUUUGCUGAUGUACAUUGCAAAGUGGCAUUGAUAUAAAAAUGUAAAAAUGUUAAUAAAGUUCUAAAUUCCUAAUUAAAAAGAACAGUUAACACCU